AAGAGGCCAAAAAAUUCCUUCAUGCAAACGCAAAAAAGAAAUUUUAAAAACUCCAAUUUCUGAAUGCUAGUAAUUGUACUGCUUCUCUCUCAUUUGACUCUCUAAAGCGGUUUUCCUUCCCCUUCUCUCUCUUUCUUUCACUGAGAGGGAGAGAGAAAGAGAAACUGUACAAAUUCAAGGGGAGACAUUUUUUUUUUAAAUUUUUAAUCAAAAUAAAUUGGUUUUUUUUUGUGUACAUUUUCUCUUCCCUUCUCGGUUUCUCCCAAUAAAUAGACUUUUUGGUUUGUUCAGAAUCAUUUUUAGCUCCUACACUGAAAACCCAUUUGGUUUCCUCUCUUUUUAUGGGGUUUUUUUUAGGGCUUUAUAUAUUUUUUUAAUGUUUCAAAAAUCAGAGUCUCAGACAAUACAGAACUAGGACAUUUGAGGGUUAUGUCAUUGAGGUAGACCAAAAAGAAGAAAAUUUUGAGUAUUGUCUUACAGUUUAAAGCAAGAGAGAUGGAGGAAAGUUCUUCAGCAAGUACUGUAGAUGGUGAGAUAGUUGGUAUAGGGUUCCGUUUGGCAACUCCUAAGGAAAUUUUUACAGCAUCAAUCAGUGGCUUUCCUAUAAACCAUGUUAGUCAGCUCUCAAAUUCCUACCUUGGUUUGCCCCUUGAAUUUGGUAAAUGUAAUGCGUGUGGUACUUCUGAACCUGGUAAAUGUGAAGGUCAUUUUGGAUAUAUUGAAUUACCAAUACCAAUAUAUCAUCCUAGCCAUAUCAAUGAAUUGAAACGACUGUUGAGUUUGCUGUGCUUGAAAUGCUUAAAAAUGAAGAACAAGUUUCAGAUUAAAGGUGGCAGCAUUUCUGAACGAUUGUUAGCAUCCUGUUGUGAGAAUGCUCCACAAGUUUCAAUCAAAGAGGUUAAAACAACAGAUGGUGCUUUUUGCUUGGAGUUGAAGCAGCCAUCUAGACAAGCAAGGACUUCCUGGGAAUUUUUAGAGAGAUAUGGUUUCCGCUAUGGUGAUCAUCACAACACUCGAACUCUGCUGCCUUGUGAGGUGAUGGAAAUUCUCAAGAGAAUACCUGCGGAGACCAGACGAAAGCUUUCUGGGAAAGGGUUCUUCCCACAGGAGGGAUAUAUUUUGUGGUAUUUGCCUGUUCCUCCCAAUUGUUUGUCCGUACCAGACAUUUCUGACGGUGUUAGUAUCAUGUCCUCGGAUCUUUCAACAGCAAUGCUGAAAAAGGUUCUGAAGCAAGUUGAGAUCAUCAAAAGCUCACGAUCCGGCACCCCAAAUUUUGAAUCUCAUGAGGUAGAAGCUAAUGAUUUGCAAUCAGCAGUUGAGCAGUAUCUUCAAGUUAGGGGUACUGUUAAAGCAGCUCGCAAUAUAGAUGCGCGAUACGGGAUUAGCAAAGAUGCUAGUGAUUCUUCAACGAAGGCGUGGCUGGAGAAAAUGAGAACAUUGUUCAUUAGAAAGGGUUCAGGGUUCUCUUCACGUAGUGUGAUUACUGGUGAUCCAUACAAAAAGGUAAAUGAAAUUGGCAUUCCAUCUGAAAUUGCUCAGAGAAUUACGUUUGAGGAGAGGGUCAACAUGCACAACAUGAGGUAUCUGCAAAAUCUGGUAGAUAACAAGUUGUGUUUGACCUACAGAGAUGGUUCUUCCACAUAUUCAUUGAGGGAGGGUUCGAAGGGGCAUACCUUUUUGAGACCUGGUCAGGUGGUACAUCGGCGAAUUAUGGAUGGGGACAUUGUUUUCAUAAAUAGGCCGCCAACCACACAUAAGCAUUCAUUGCAGGCUCUUUCAGUAUAUGUGCAUGAUGAUCACACAGUGAAGAUAAAUCCCCUAAUUUGUGGCCCAUUAAGUGCUGAUUUUGAUGGAGAUUGUAUUCACCUGUUCUAUCCUCAGUCUUUAGCUGCAAAAGCAGAAGUUUUUGAGCUCUUUUCAGUGGAGAAGCAGUUGCUUAGCUCUCAUAAUGGCAACCUAAAUUUGCAGUUGGCUACUGAUUCAUUGUUGUCAUUGAGAGUUAUGCUUAAGACACUUUUGUUUAAAAAGGCAGAUGCUCAACAAUUGUCAAUGUUUCUCUCUUCAGCUUUGCCACAGCCUGCUUUCUUGAAGGGUAACUCUUUUGGCCCUUGUUGGACAGUUUUACAAAUUCUGCAGACUGCUUUUCCUGCCUGCCUAGACUGCUCCGGAGAUAGAUACUUGAUUAGCAAAAGUGACAUAUUGACGGUAGAUUUUAGUAGGGACCUCAUGCAGUCUGUGAUUAAUGAAGUUGUGACAUCUAUUUUUUUUGAGAAGGGUCCAAAAGAGGUUCUCAACUUCUUUGAUUCUCUACAGCCUUUAUUGAUGGAGAAUGUCUUUGCAGAAGGCUUCAGUGUUAGUCUAGAAGAUUUUUCCGUAUCCAGGGAAGUCCUACAAAAUAUUCAGAAGGACAUCCAGGUUGUUUCUCCUUUGCUUUAUCAGUUAAGGUCAACAUAUAAUGAAUUAGUUGGGUUGCAAAUGGAGAAUCACAUCCGAAUAGCAAAAGCACCAGUUGCAAAUUUCAUACUAAAUUCAUCUGCCUUGGGUGACUUAAUUGACUCUAAGAGUGAUUCAACUGUUAAUAAGGUUGUUCAGCAGAUUGGGUUCUUAGGACUGCAGCUUUCUAAUAAAGGAAAAUUCUAUUCUAAGACUCUGGUUGAAGAUGUGGCAUACCAAUUUCAAAGCAUCUAUCCUUCUGAUGGAGUUGAUUAUCCUUCUGCUGAGUUUGGACUAAUCAAGAGCUGUUUUUUCCAUGGGCUGGAUCCGUAUGAGGCGAUGGUUCAUUCAAUCUCUACUAGAGAAGUCAUUGUUCGCUCCUCGAGAGGAUUGUCUGAACCUGGGACCUUGUUUAAGAAUUUGAUGGCCAUUCUUCGUGAUGUUGUUAUUUGUUAUGAUGGCACAGUUAGAAAUAUCAGUAGCAAUUCAAUAAUUCAAUUUCAAUAUGGGUUGAAUGCUAGAACUAAACCUCAAUUCCCUGCUGGUGAACCUGUGGGUGUCUUAGCUGCUACCGCGAUGUCAAAUCCAGCAUAUAAAGCAGUUCUUGAUUCAACUCCUAGCAGCAAUUCUUCUUGGGAACUGAUGAAGGAAAUAUUACUUUGCAAAGUCAGUUUCAAAAAUGACCUAGUUGACCGCCGUGUGAUUCUGUAUUUGAAAGAUUGUGAUUGUGGGAGAAAGUAUUGUCAAGAAAAUGCAGCAUAUCUGGUUAAGAAUCAUUUGAGAAAAGUCAAACUCAAGGAUACUGCAGUAGAGCUCAUCUUUGAAUACAAGCAGCAACAAACUGCAUCAGAAAGUGAAGCAGGCCUUGUUGGUCACAUCCUCCUCAAUAAGGCCCUAUUGAAAGAGUUAAAUAUUAGCAUGCAAGAUGUUCAUAUGAAGUGCCAAGAAACUAUUAUUUCCUUUCGUAAGAAGAAAAAGACUGCUGAUACUUUUAAGAGGACAGAUUUGUUUUUCAGCGAAUGUUGUUCUAUACAGCAAUCCUGUGGGGACAAGUGGCUUGACAUGCCAUGCUUGAUGUUCUUUUGCCGAAAUACCAAAGAUGAUCAUCUAGAUAGUACUUUACAAGACCUGGUUGACAUCAUCUACCCUGUUCUUCUAGAAACAGUCAUCAAGGGUGACCCCCGUAUCUGUUCGGCAAAUAUUAUAUGGGUUAGCCCAGAUACAACAACUUGGAUAAGAAGCCCUAGCAAAACUCAGAAGGGUGAAUUGGCUUUGGAUGUUGUUCUGGAAAAAUCUGCUGUGAAGCGGAAUGGUGAUGCCUGGAGGACUGUCAUAGAUUGUUGUCUUCCAGUAAUAAAUUUAAUUGACACCCAGAGGUCUAUACCUUAUGCAAUAAAGCAAGUUCAGGAAUUGCUUGGAAUUUCUUGUGCUUUUGAACAAGCAGUACAGCGUCUCUCCACUUCAGUGUCAAUGGUGGCAAGAGGUGUUCUGAAAGAACACCUUAUCCUCUUAGCAAACAGCAUGACAUGUGCUGGAAAUUUGAUUGGCUUCAACUCUGGUGGUUAUAAAGCACUAUCUCGCUCGUUGAAUAUUCAAGUGCCAUUUAGUGAAGCAACACUGUUUACACCAAGAAAGUGCUUCGAGAGAGCUGCGGAGAAAUGUCACGUUGAUUCCUUGUCAAGCAUUGUUGCAUCCUGUUCUUGGGGUAAACAUGUCGCUGUUGGAACAGGAUCAAGGUUUGAUGUCUUAUGGGAUCGGAAGGAGGUUGGAUUUGAUCAAAAGAGUGGAAUAGAUGUCUACAACUUUCUGCACAUGCUCAGUAGUGCUAGUGGUCCAAGUUCUACCACCACUUGUCUAGGAGAAGAAGUUGAUGAUCUAAUGGAUGUGGACAACAUGGCGGAAUGGAGCUUGUCUCCAGAACAUAGCAAUGGUUUGGAUAAGCCAGUGUUUGAGGAUGCAGCUGAUUUUGAGAAUGAUUUAGACCUUCAGCCAGCUGAGUCAAGUUGGGAGAAAGGUGUGUCUUUAGACAAGGUGUCCAGUUGGGAUGCGUCAUCCGCAUGGAAUAAAAAGGCUGAGGAUGGUGACAAAUUUGCGGCAGCUGUGACCGGUACAACGAAGCAAAGUGAGUGGUGUGAUUGGGGAACAAGCAAAUCUAAAACACAAGAUGCUGCAGCAGCUGUGACUAGUGUAACAAAGAAAACUGAGUGGUGUGAUUGGGGGACAAGCAAAUCUAAAACACAAGAAGUUGCAGUAGCUGUGACCAGUACAACGAAGCAGAAUGACUGGUGUGAUUGGGGGACAAGCAAAUCUAAAACACAAGAUGUUGCAGCAACUGUGACCAGUACAGCGGAGCAAAAUGAGUGGUGUGAUUGGGGGACAGGUAAAUCUAAAACACAAGAUGCUGCAGCAGCUGUGACCAGUACAAUGAAGCAAACGGAGUGGGGUGAUUGGGGGAAAAGCAAAUCUAAAACACAAGAUGUUGCAGCAGCUGUGACCAGUACAAUGGAAACUGAGUGGGGUGAUUGGGGGAAAAGCAAAUCUAAAACACAAGAUGUCUCUCCGAAAGUGGAUGGAACCUGUGUGAAAGAGCAAACUGAACUGUCUGGUUGGGGAAUGAAAAAGUAUAAUACACAAGAUGUCCCUAUGGAAGAGAAAACCUUCAAGUCCAAUGGUUGGGACGCUGGAACUAGUUGGGGAACAAUGGGAAAAGAAUCUGAAAAACCUGAUGCUAGUGAUGCACUGCCACAGUCUGGUUGGGGAACACAAGAUGCGAUUCCUACAAAAACCUUGGAUGAUUCUUCCAAAUCUAGUGGCUGGGAACAACAAAAGUCACCAGAAUGUUCACAAGGUUGGGGCUCUCUUGAUGAGUCAAGUCAACCAGCAAGUUCAAAUGGCUGGGAUACACCAAAUGGUUUGGGUAGCACUCAAAGUGAAAAAGAGCAUCAGUGGGGACAGUCUAGGGGCUCACGUCGUUGGGCUUCAGAUGCUAGUAAGAAGAAUCGUCCUGUGAAGUCAGCUCGAGUGAUGAAUGAUGAUUCCAGUAUGGCUGCAAUGUACACUGCUACAAGACAAAGAUUAGACAUGUUUACUUCUGAGGAGCAAGAUAUUCUCUCAGAUGUUGAGCCACUGAUGCAGUCAAUCAGAAAAAUAAUGCACCAGUCUGGGUACAACGAUGGGGAUUCACUGUCAGCUGUUGAUCAGUCAUUUAUACUUGAGAAUGUUUUCACCCACCAUCCAGACAAAGCAAUCAAAAUGGGUGCCGGUGUUGAUUAUGUCAUGGUAAGCAAGCACAGCAAUUUCCCAGAUAGCAGGUGCUUCUAUGUCGUCUCAACUGAUGGUCGAAAACAAGAUUUCUCAUACCGCAAGUGUCUGGACAACUUCAUCAAGGGGAAAUAUCCUGAUAUGGCAGACGCUUUUAUUGCAAAAUAUUUCAGAAAACCUCGUUCUGGAGGGUUUCGUGAGCGAAGUGUUGUUCCAGAGAGUACUUAAGGGGAGAAUAGGAAGUAGACUUCACUCUUUUGAGGUGUUCAUAUCACUCACAAAGGUUUAGUUAGACGCUUGGUUCAUUCCUGACAUCUGCUUCAUUUCAUUUGUACAUAAUAAGCCGAUGUUAAGUGUAUUUACAUCCCUCCAAAACUCACCUUGCACAUAUCCCAACAUGAACUGCCCUCUUUUUCCACAAAUGAGCAGUUCAUUUUGUUCUCGUUAGUAGUGGUUUGACGGCAGCCUGCUAAUUUCUCACAGAUAAGAUAGGGGAAUAGAUGGAAAGCCAUUGUUCUCAGAGAUGAGUUCUAAAUUCUAAUGUCUAAUCCAUUGCUCGCAUUCUGCUUUCUAUGUUUCUAGACAUAAAUAUAGUUAUUGUAUCCAUUGUAUGAUAGUUGAUCCAGUUAUGCUGCAGGAUGAAUUAUGAGAAUAUUGAAUGCCACUCAUCUCAAAGAAAUACGACUUACUGGAAAUCAUGAAUUGCUUUUGACAGAAGAAGAAAAAGAAAUAGAAAAAGAACAAGGAUA